ACAAAUUAAUGAUAAGAUUUAAUAGUGUUACACAAUUAGAUAAAAUUUCUAAUUUUGUAAAAUAGAAAAUCACAAAUUAAAGUAAGAUGAAAUUCACAAUUACACGUUGAUACUCUUUAUAAAUCUAAGACAUUGAUGAACAGUGAUAUGUAAAUCACUAGUUGAUCCUAUACUUUUCAUAGAUGUUGCAUUAUUGCAGAAGUGAGAGCAGCAGCAACAUGGAUGAGAGGCUUAUUGGGUCAGAAGAACCAAAGGAAAACAGUAAUAAUCUGAUGAAGAGAGUUUUAGAGGAAUCAGGAAAACUAUGGAAGGUUGGGUUUCCUUCAAUGUUAGCGAGGGUUACAGCUUUUGGCAUGUUUGUAGUGACCCAAGCUUUCAUUGGACACAUUGGUGAACGACAGCUUGCAGCAUAUGCUCUUAUACAAGUCAUCACAGUUAGAUUUGCAAAUGGAAUAUUGUUGGGGAUGUCCAGUGCAACUGAGACACUAUGUGGGCAAGCAUUUGGAGCAAAACAUUACCACAUGUUGGGUAUUUACUUGCAAAGAUCAUGGAUCAUUAAUCUUGUUACAUCAGCUGUGUUGCUACCAGUAUUCAUCUUCGCAUCACCAAUCUUCAAAUUACUUGGAGAAGAUGAGGAAAUAGCCACUGCUGCUGGAUAUAUAUCUCUUUGGUUCAUCCCCAUUCUCUACUUUUUUGUUUUCAACUUCACCAUCCAAAAAUACUUGCAAUGCCAGCUUAAAAAUAUGAUUGUUGGGUGGAUUUCUGCUGCCUCUUUCAUUCUUCAUGUGUUGUUGUCAUGGAUCCUUGUGUGCAAAUUGAAUUGGGGGAUCCCUGGUGCUAUGAGCUCAAUGAUAAUAUCAAGUUGGUUGGUGUUCAUUGGGGAGUUUAUUUAUGUAUUUGGUGGAUGGUGUCCCGAAACAUGGAAAGGCUUCACUUUUGCUUGUUUUCUUGAUCUAUUUCCAGUACUUAAGCUCUCAAUAUCCUCAGGAGUGAUGCUUUGCUUAGAGAUAUGGUACUAUGCGAUCCUAGUCCUGUUGGGAGGGUAUAUGAAAAAUGCCGCAGUUGCUAUCGAUGCCCUCUCCAUUUGCCUGAAUAACAUAGCUUGGGAACUCAUGGUGUUCCUCGGCUUCCUCACAGCAGCUAGUGUGCGAGUUUCAAAUGAACUAGGGAGAAGAAACGCCACAGCAGCAAAAUUUUCGAUGAAAGUUCUAUUAUGUACAUCGCUGAGUAUAGGAGUGUUACUCUGGGCACUGUGCUUAAUAUUUGGGCAUCGAAUAGGUUACUUGUUUACAAGUGAUGAAGACGUAGCAAACUCCGUGGCAGACCUCUCUUUGUUGCUUUCUUUCUCAGUUUUGCUCAACAGUGUUCAGCCAAUCCUCUCAGGCAAGUAUAUAUUUAUUGCCUUAAUAUGUAUGGGAAGGGAAAAGAAUUACAUGGUUAAAAUCUGCAAUGCAGGGAUAGCAAUUGGUGCUGGUAGACAAAAAAUGGUUGCAUAUGUUAACAUCUGUUCCUAUUAUGUGGUUGGUGUGCCUAUAGGAAUUCUUCUUGGAUAUGUAGCCAAAAUGGAAGUCAAGGGAAUAUGGAUUGGGAUGAUAAUUGGGGUUGCAACGCAAACAUGUGUUCUAGCCUACAUUACCUCAAGGACUGAUUGGGAAGAAGAGGUUAAUAAAGCAUCUGAGAGGCUAAACAAGUGGCUAUUGGAGCCUUCAGAGACAUCUUAUGGAAAGCUUAGUGGUGAAACAGUGAAUGAAUGACAACAACUAUUUCACUGAAAACGUAUGUAUAUUUUUACACGUAAUCAAAGUUUGUUUUUUUUAAUUAAGUGAAAUUCAUGGAAGAAAA